AAAAUUGAUAAAGGUAGGAUUAAUUGGAGAUGUUUGUACUGCGAAAUUCUUAAUACCCUUACUUUAAUGGCUUAAUAUGCCAACGAUUUUAGCUUGUAUUCAUAUAAGAAGCCCUCGCACUGUUGGGAGACAUAUUACUUUGGUGAUACUAAGGUUGUUUUUUAAUUUGAAUGCUAUUUUCUUGUUUUGUUUCUCUCGCUCACAAAGGUAGCCGCCGAUCGUUUAUCAAAAUGUCGAAUAUCGACUUGGGUGAUAUGAGAAUUAGUUACAAAGCAAAGGAUGAAGCCUUCACUGAAGAUCAGUUAGUUAGUAAGGAGCCUAUUGGUCAGUUCUCUGCCUGGUUUGAGGAAGUUAAAAAUUGCAAAGACAUUUUGGAACCGAAUGCUGUGUGUUUAGCUACUGCCAACAAGAAUGGAGCACCAUCAGCAAGGAUUGUAUUACUGAAGGGUUAUGGGCCAGAAGGUUUUAAAUUUUUUACUAACUAUGAAAGUCAUAAAGGAAAAGAUCUGGAAGAAAAUCCACAGGCAGCUUUGACUUUUUAUUGGGCUCCAUUUAAUAGACAAGUACGUAUUGAAGGAAAAGUGAAGAAAGUUUCACAAGAAGAGUCUCAUGAGUACUUUAAACGUAGGCCUUUAGAAAGUAGAAUUAGUGCUAUCAUUAGUCCUCAAAGUAGUACUGUCGGUAGUCGAGAUGUUUUAAUCAAAGCAUACAAAGAACAACUUGCCAAAGGCGAUGUUUCAAAACCUGUGUCAUGGGGAGGAUAUGUUUUAUAUCAUGAACUUGUUGAAUUUUGGCAAGGUCAAACAGAUAGAUUACAUGACCGGAUAGUUUACUCUAGAGAAAACAACGGAGAAUGGAAAAUUUAUAGAUUAGCGCCAUAAGCAUUCUAAGUUAAUGCAUUAGAAUUUAGAUACUAAUGGAAGAUGGGGCAAAUUAUAUUUUUAAAAGCUUGUAUAUUGUGAUGCAUUUUUUUUUUUUAAUGAUUUUUAGCAAUGAAUAAUAAAGCAUUUAUGGAAAAGUUAAUAUUUUUAAUGUAAUUUAUGUUAUUGUUAACAGCUACUGAUUAUAUGAAAAAAAAAAGAAGGAAAAGGACAGAGAAUAUGGAUUUCUUUUAUUUAUUAUCAUAUAUGUAUUUAUUUUUAUUUAAAUAGAUGUUAUAAAAUUUUAUAGGCUGAACUAAGCUUAUUUUUAAAAUCAAAUCAUACCUUAAAAGAUCAUUACUUCUAAUUAUAGUGUGCCUAUGAAGACACUCAAAAGUCUGAUAAAUAUUUAGUUAUUUUGUUCUUUAGUCCUUUUAUAUUUAUUAGUAUGUAGAAAUGAUUUGUAGAUUUUAUUAUAAAUGAAUUAUCCAAUUU